AUGUUGAAUUGAACCAAAAAUCGCAUAGCUUGAUUUUCAGGACAAGGCAAGCAAUUCUCAGGUGAAGCAAGCACGAAAGGUCGAAUAUGCAGUCCAUUCGCAGAUGUGUUGCAGCGGGGCACCAAAACCCUAAUAUCUGGAUUGGAGUCAGGAACUUAUCGACUUCCAAUGCCGCUUCUCUGAUGAAAAGUGUUGGAUCUCUCCUCGAUUCCCUUGCUCUUAAACCAGGAGGGACACUGGUACAGAACUGUGGCGAUAGUGAAGUUGGAAAAAUUGUGAUUCAACUGGCAAAGGAGCGUAAGUUUCAGACUAUUAGCAUAAUUGACGACAAACCUGGAACUCCUGAAAUAAUUGAAGAGCUUAAGGCACUUGGUGGGGAUAUAGUUGUUCCAGAAAGCUACACCAAGACUUGGUAUAUGAAGCGCCUGGCGAGUGAGAUAAGCCCUACUGCCGGUUUGAACUUCAGUGACGGGUACCAGGCAACCGCUGUCUGCAAGGCAGUGGCUGAUGGUGGCACGUUCUUAACAUAUGGGAAGAAGUUACCAAAGCAUGUUGUUUAUGAUGGGGCAGUGCGUAAACCAGUUGAAUGGAGUGCAUUCAUCAAGGAAAAGAAACUGAAGGUGUUAAACCUUUAAGGAUAAGACAUCGGAACUCUUGAU